AUGUCAGAAGAAAGUUUAAAAGCUCACAGUUGUCGGUAUAAUAAAUUAAUUUGCGAUAUUUGUGGUAAAAGAUGCCACGACCGAUGCGGUCUUGCUAUUCACAUAGACACGCACAGAAAAUAUAGAACAAAAGACUAUCAUUGCGAUAUUUGUAAAACUUCUUUCUAUAACCUAUCUGGGUUUCAAGGACAUAGAACAAGAUAUCAUGAAGAAAGAAAGUUUUCAUGUCCAUCAUGUCGAAAAACAUUCAAAUUGGAACAAAAAUUUAAAUCCCACGUUUGUAAAAUUUCCAAUUUUGCAUGUGAUAUUUGUGGUAUGAGAUUCAACAACCGAUACUGCCUUGCUAAACAUAUAGACAGGCACAGAAAAUAUAGGACAAAAGACUAUCAUUGCGAUAUUUGUAAAACUUCUUUCUAUAACAAAGCUGGGUUACGAAUUCAUAGAACAAAAUAUCAUGAAGAAAGAAAGUUUUCAUGUACAUCAUGCCGAAAAUCAUUCAUUUUGGAACGAAUAUUUCAAUCCCAUGAUUGUAGCACAUAUAUCUGCGAUAAUUGUGGUAAAAUAUUCUACCGUCGAGCGUAUCUCAUUGAUCACAUGAUGAAACAUAGGAAAUAUAGGACAAGAAAUUUUAAAUGCAACAAGUGUGAAAAAAGCUACUUCCAUAGACGAGAUAUGAGAAAGCAUAUACGUCAAAAUCAUGGAGAAAAAUAA